GUAAGACAAUUUCUCAUGAGGACGGGCGCGCGGUUAGUGUACUAAUUGGUUCAAAUUCGAUCGUGCAUUGAUAUCUCGCUCCUUUGUCGCAGCACCACAAUUCAUCGCCUUACGGUUUGAAGACCCUGGAAUUCUCUAGCUUCCAUCAUCGCUCCAACAUAUCUCCGCAACAAAAAUGGCAAAGUCAUUUGAUGUCUCCCCCGAGAAGGAGGGCAGCAUGCUGAACUUCUUUCAACGCCAGCUUACUCAAACUCCGGAAGUUGUUCAAGGGGUCAACCUCGAAGGUAAAACAGCGAUUGUCACUGGCUCUAACGUUGGAGUUGGCUUAGAAUGUAGUCGUCGGCUCUUGGACCUGGGCUUGAGCAAACUCGUUCUCGCAGUCCGCAGCGAAGCCAAAGGUCAAACUGCACUCGCCGAUCUAUCAAAAGGGAGGAAUUUAAAGGAAGGCGCAAUUGUGGUCUGGCAUUUAGACCAUUCGUCAUAUGAUUCUGUUCUCUCCUUUGUGGAGAAGACAAAGACACUCGACCGUCUGGAUAUUGUGAUACUCAACAUCGGGAUCAUGACCACAAGUCCAAAGCCAAACCCAAACACCGGCCAUGAAGAGACAAUACAGGUUAACUAUCUAUCCAUGGCACUCUUGGCUAUUCUCCUGCUUCCCGUUAUCAAAUCCAAACUACCCGAACAACAAGGGCCGAGCCGAAUCACCAUCGUGUCUUCUGAUGCCUCUGCUUGGGCUAAGUUCAAGGAGCGAAACGAGGUUCCCUUGCUCCCUUCUUUCGACCGGCCUGGAAAGAUGGACAUGGUAGAACGCACAUUUGUGUCGAAACUUCUUGGUCAGUUUUUCCUGGUUGAAUUAGCAAAGCGUGUACCACCAACUGUAGCUAUUAUCAAUGCAUCAACGCCGGGUAUGGUACAUGACUCGCAAAUCAGUCGGGAUACUGCCCAAACGUUCUCGGGAAAACUUGCAGAGGUUUUCAGACGACGAAUAGGGUACACAUCUACUGUGGGCGCCCGAAUGAUCACAGAUGCGGCGGUAAAGCAUGGUGAGGAGACACAUGGACAGUACCUAAACUUCCAGAAAGUGAAACCGAUGGCACCAAUCAUCUACACCGCCGAAGGGGAGCGUAUAAGGGACCAGCUCUGGAAGGAAACCAUGGCUGAAUUUUCGUUUGCCGGAGCUGAGGAUAUCAUAAAAGAUAUCAGAAACUGAUAAGGGAGGCAGGUAAGGUACUAUCAUCGCACCAACAGAAGAGUGAUCCACUGGCGCAUGGAGAAAACACCUGUUAGAGUAGUAUUAGUGAUUGGGUACCGAAUGGAAUAAACCUAGCAGAUUGAAAUCAACCAACGAAAAUGAUAAAUUUAGACAUAGGGCUAUUUGAUUCAAAAGUACCCUCCAUCGUUCAUUGAUUACCAACACAAACAAGACUCGAAAGGUGGUUGCAUUCAAUCUACUUCUGAAUAAUUACAGCUACUAUGCACCUAGGUAGUAUGUAGAACCUGAGGUGAUCACCGCAAUGGGACCACUGAGCCCCUAUACGCAACACCAAGUGAGCUUUAGAAGAAAAUACUACUUCCAUGCUGUAGCACUUAAAGAUCGAGAAAGAAAAAUAGAAACUUUUUAAACAGCAAUGUCACUUUCAA